GGAUAUCGUUUCAAGGCUCCAGAGCUGGAAUUGUUGAGUGGGAAGAAUCGUGAACGGAGGGUGCCCAGCUCACGAGUUGCAAGAUUUGCUCAGUUUGGUCAACUUGGUGUAAGCUUGGCCAUGGGUGCAGUGGCUGAAGUGGCUAAACGGACGUUGGGUAUAAGUAAAGUUCCGAAUUCUUCAGCAGAGAGCGAAAAAGUCGGCAUCAAGGAGAACCCUUUCAUGACAGAAGCAAAUGCUGAAAAGAUUGUACGCACACUGUGUCGAGUACGCGGUGCGGCAUUAAAACUGGGUCAGAUGCUGAGCAUACAAGGUUUGUCUUGGUAUAAGCGUUUGUUAGAUUUUUAA